GGCAUUAAAGGUAAGGCAUGAACCAAUUAUAGAUGUUUUGCUGGUGAUGGUCAAAUAUAGCUCCUUUGGUAUUUUCCAAAGUAUAUGUUUAAUUAAUUUGUUUUCAGUUUUUACAUAAUUGUCAAAAUGCUCUCCAUGUGCUAAUUCGAUUUACUUCUGUUGCAGCUUACGAGCAUCAAUGGAAGGUUUUCUUGAUGCUUUUAAUCCCAAGGAUUCUGUUACCCCUGCUGGAAUUUUUUCUAAUCGGGUUGAGGAACUUCAGUUUGAGUGUGUUCCGACAUCUCUUAUGGAGCAAGUAACCGCCUUUUUGAAUGAUGUUAGAGAAGACCUUAGAUGUUCUAUGGCUAAGGAUGCAGAGACUAUCAAGAACGAGAGCUUAAGCAUCAAUAAAGAUCCAAAAUGUGUGGAACUAUCAAUAAAUGCAGACAAAGACAAAUUGCAAGCACAGCUACCUAAGGAUAUACCAUUGGGUUUUCAGAAAAAGGUUAUUAUAGCCAAACAUGAGAAGCAAGAAGCCAACUCUGAUAUUUUCUUGGGAAAAAAUUGAAACUUACAAGCGUCUUAUGGGUAUGUAAACAGUGGGAAUUAACUGCUUAUGCAAAAAGGGUUAACUGAAUUCGUUCUUCAAGAAGCAUAGUGUAUGGUAGUUGAACCAUGUUUUGAACAUAUAUGUCUUCUAUCAAUGGUCUAAUUGUUUAAUUGUGACA